UCUCAUUCAGUUCCUGUUUUGUAAGUGAAGAAGGAAGAGAAGCAGCAUUAGCUCAUCAGAGCCUCAACAUGAAAGUUUGUCUCAUUUUGUUCUGCUUCAUCUUCCUCACAGCACAGGAGGAUGGAAACUCCGGUCGUGUCAGUGCAGAAACUUCCAUCCACAGAGUGGAAGGACAAGACGUCACAUUUGAAUGCAAAUUUCGAAUCUCUGGAAGCACAAAGUUCUUCUAUAAGGGAGGCUGUGAAAAUGGAAAUAUUCUCAUUAGAACGACUGAUGAUACAUUUCAGAGGGGCAGAUACAGCAUGAAAUAUGUCAAAGGUACUUUUAUAUCUGAUAUCAUGUCUGUGAAGAUCACACAGCUGAAAACGUCUGACUCAGGACAGUACUGCUGUACUUUGGAUAAAACGUGGUCACCAGAUUAUUUUGAGCUCAUUGUCACAGAAGCCCUAUCAACAACCACACAGAGUGUGAAGUUCAGUUCGGCAGGCUCCACACCUUCAUCAGCAUCCACUGAACUCGUGGAACAGCCUGAGACACUUGCAGGUUCAGGUCCAGGAGAACUGCUUUAUAUGAUCCCAGUCCUGGUCGUUAUGAUCAUCCUCUUAUCAGCAGCUUUGCUCAUUUUCUACAAGAAGAAGAAGAAGAACUCUCAACCUAAAGGACCUCCUGUGGAACCAGAAUAUGGUAACAUCAACAGGCCGAGCAGCUCGCCUGCAGUGGAAGUAUCUACAGUUUACGCCUUCCCCAAAAGCCGCCAACAAAGCAGAGCUGAAAACCUAGAACUCUACAGUCUCGCCACAUCUCCUCAGAACAAAGCUGAAGAGGAAAUGAAUGAAGUUAAUUACGCUGCAGUGGAUUUUUCCCACAUUCCUGCCACCAACAGCGCCCCCUGUGGUCAAACAGCUGACGUUGUCUACUCCACACCUCGGAUGGAUGCCAGCCCCGCCCACCAGGUUACAGAUGUUUGCCCUCCUCUGUACUCCACAGUUAGAACACAGUAAAGAUGCUGUCGAUGGCCCUUCAGCUCGCUCAAAGUUUUUUUCUUUUUCUCAUUCAUGGUUAUUUUUAGUUUAGUUUAAACUUUAUUUCUGAAUAAUGUUUCCCAUUCAUGUCCAUCGGGUACACAUCAGGUAAUCCGACCGAGCUUUCAGAAAGUUACCCUGUAAACAAGCCAGUGUGUGCUUACGCAGUUAUUAGAGAUCCUUAAAACAUUUAGCAAAAUGGCUGCUUCAUGACUUUCACAAGUGUUUUCUGCUGGUUUUGGUUACUAAGAUCUUGUUAUAAAACUUAAUCAAGUAGUUCUGUUUUUGCUCAGACUUUAAAAAAGUGAAAUAAAAAAAGAAAAGAGAUUAAAAAAGCUGCAGAAACCUGAACAGUUUCAGUUAGAAAGAACCAAAGAUAAUAUAGAUACUUUCUGCUGGCCUGGAAAUCCAAAAAUAAAUACAUUAAUUAGUUAAAUGUUUUGGGGGUCUCUCGCUCUCCUGAACCCACUAAACAAUGUUUGUUUUGUCACACUUGAUUCUCCCGAAUCUCCAUGAACGUGGUGGAGAUCCGUAUCAUCCAGAGCUGAAAAAUGGAGCCAAUUUGGAAGUUUUAACACAGCCAAACACAAAUCAGUCCUUCCAGAUUUAAUGUGCCGAAGCCUAAAUUCAGAGCAGAAAUACUGUAUGACAGAAAACAGCAAAGACCAAAAUACCCAAGCAGAUGUAAGUCAGCCACAAAACUGCUUAUUAUAUCCUUCAUAAACAGUCUGUGAUGAAGCCACUGUGGCCAAAUUUCUGUCUGUAACUCAGAUAUUUCUGCCAACAACAUUUACUGAGGAGGAUUUUUUUAAUAAGUCUUUGAAGCCACAAUAAUUCAGAUUUGAUAUGAAACUGUGGUCAGCACAGUUCAUUCCCUCUGAUGUCUCACAGAUCGCUUUAGGUUGGCAGGACUUCCUGUGAUGUGAUGAUGAAACGUGUAUCCAGUGUGUUUGGAUACCAGUGGUGAUGUGACUGUUACUGCAGCUCCUGGAUCAGUGCUACAAACAAAAUGAAGAGCUUGCUGGAACAAAGCUUUGUUCUCAGGAAAGCAGCUCAUUUAUUUCAGUUUGCACUGACCAACAGUAACUGAAGUCACUGUACUGAUAGUUCUCAUAAUGCUAACAAUAUUGCAUUUCUAUGAGCUGUUGCAUUUGCACAAUGAGCUAUGUUCUUAUUUCAGUUUAAUUCCAUGCUUUUGUUUUAUUGUGCUCAGCAUCCUUUUUUUUUUAUCAUGCAGUGGACUGUAUAACAGUAUUUCUUUUGCACAUAUUUAAAGUUUAAUAUUUCAUCAUUAAUAAGCCAACAUUCACUUUAUUGUCCAACCUGAUUCAUCAGAUGCAAACAU